AUGGCAUCCGAUCAAUACGCCGAAAUAUGUGACCAACUAUAUACCCAAAUCAUGAGAAGACUGGAGAACUGUUACAAAGAUGGGACUCGUGUGGGUCGUUUUGCUCCGAUCGGGACCGCCCAAGAGGUGCUCAAGCCGGAGAUUUUAUACAUGUUCUUUCGCAGUCUCCAGUUGCCUCAAAUUGAAACAUACGACCUGAAUCUGGAACUGAAUACUUUGGUUAGGAGGGUGGGUCAACGGAAACUUCACACAUUUCUGGCUAUCCUUAUUUUCACGUCGUGUACAAUAGAAGCCGCUCGAACAUUCACGGUCAAGCUAUUGGCCCCCACGGACACGAACUCUCUACCAGCGAAACGAGAACCCCUUGUAUCGAUUUUCGUGGAUCCAGUCACGCCAGACAAGAUUCUGUCGGCCCAGGCAUGCUUUUUUCCUGUUGUGAUUUGCAGCAAAGAUCAGGAUCGCAUUGAGAGCUUGGAGCGCGAAUGCCUUCCUUAUCUGGAACAGGAGCUUCGGGGAAAAGGGGCCUUUGGCACGGUUUAUCGCGUGAAGAUUGCCAAGGGUCACUUCUUCUUUCGCAACCUGAGAUCAGCCAACUCUGAUCCUAUUGAUAUCGCAUGCAAAGAUUUCCAGUCCAGUGAGGAUAUUGAGCUGGAGGUCAUGCAACAGAUUCUAUCUUGCAAGCAGACCUGUGCGAAUAUUGCCGAGAUCUAUGGGAGCCUUGAGAUCGGCUCGGCUGGGUACAGCAUUUUCAUGCCUCUCGCCAUUGAGGACCUCAGAGCUCAUAUGAAAGAUGAUACACGGCCAAGACCAAGUGCGACUAAAAGAACCGAUAUAAUUCUUGGGGCUGCAGGAGUCGCUGGAGGUUUGAAAUUCCUCCAUAAGGGUAUUGAUAUGCCUCUGGGUGGGAAACUGGUCUGUUACCACAUGCACCUGAAGCUAGAUAACAUUUUGAUAUUCCUGGAUAAGAUCGAUGAUAAUGGGAAGCGGAAGCCGCAUUAUAUCUGGAAGAUCAGUGAUUUUGGCAUGUCUCGUAUCAGGUACCAGGAUGAUAAUGAGCGGCGCGAUGCUCCAUCCCUUGCUGGAACUCGUAACGAGCGUCUAGAAGGCACAUAUCUGGCACCUGAAUCUCUUCUCCCAAGUAAAAGCAUGAAGACUGCCAGCGAUGUCUGGUCCCUGGGCUUCAUCAUCAGUGUUCUGUUUACAUACUUGGCGGAGGGCACAGAUGGGUUAUAUCAUCGCACCGCAAACGGUUAUGAUCGGUUUUUCGUCGCAAACACGGCCUUCGGACGUCCAAAGAUCCAUCCAGAGAUCAGAUUAUGCCAUGACCUUUUGAUCAAGAAGGCGAACCAACAAAUUCCACAAGAGGGGCAAGCCUUGAAAUCAAUAUUGAACUAUCUUGAACAAGACGUUCUUGUUCUGGAUCAGAAAAACAGGGAUCUUGCGGCGGAUUUGCAAAAACAGCUGAGCAAAGCACAUCGAGCAUACAGGGAAUUGGAUGACACACCGAGAGAGCGUCCCAGUGGUGAUCACCACCAAUUUCGCGCACUGCUCCAGGAUAUCCGCAUAAGUGGAUCAAUGGGAAGCAAAAAAGAGGCAUCCAAGCGGGCUGACACUUGGUUCUUCAAACCUAAGGAGGGUUUCAAAGGCUGCGAAAUAUCUCCGGAUGGAUCUAUCAUCGCAUUUUGGAAUGAUUUCACGAUUUCGCUUUACACCCAGUCGUUCGGGCGCACAGAAGGCGAGAACUUACACCCGGUUGCAGAGUUCUCUUUGAGAAAGACCGGCGAACCUCGGCGAUUUUGGAAAAGCCUUAGUUUGACAAGUACGUAUUCGGUAGCUAUCUUGUCGGGCAUUGAUUUUCCGUGCUUUGUCUUUGAUCUACGGCGUGAUAUAAGAAGGAACAAGUCGAGAAACAUCAGUCUUGAACAUUCUACCCACGUCUCAAUUUCGCUGCCUGAAAUAAAAGAGGUGGCCAUUUCGCCUGGAGGUCAAAAGAUGGCGUGUAUUGUGCGCAAGAAAGAUAAGGGCGACAGCCCAGGCUCGUUGUACAUGGGGAUAGUCGGAUCACCAAAUGAGUGGAAACUGGGAUUGAAGCUGGAAUGGCCAGCAUCAGAUGUUAUUCAACUUUCAUUCUCGGGGGAGAAUAAUAUCUACAUUGUCUUCCGACCACAGCGAACUGACCGAUCCCAUAAGCACAAGAUUCCCGUUCUUCAUGCAUGCCUAACAACAAAGCAUAUGUAUCCCCUAAUCAUUGAACCUCAACACUGUUGGCGUAUUGAAGUCUGUGCGAUUGUCACUCGGGAAAAACAGCUGCAUAUACAAAGCCUCACGGAGUCCGAUAAAGCCACUCCUGCCAUCCAGACGAGUAGAAGUAUCAAAAACUACCGAGUCGUCAAGUUGGUUUCGGGGAAUAAUGAAUUUGCAUAUGUCGGAGUUGAAGUCGUUUCCUCGUCUGGCGGAGGUAACUCGUUCAAGUUCUCAGCCAUCUGGAUUCCAGUAUCCGCGACAGUCGCAUAUUGUCUCAGUGGAGUCCUUGGCACAUUGGAUAUUGAGCGGAAAGACCCUCAUCUUCCUCGACUUAGCUGGCUUCCACCGGAUCCAAACAGAGACGAUAAUUCACCAAGUCGCGCUGCCUUUGUUGUCAUUGCUUUGGCUUCUAAAAUCUCCGGCUUGGCUGACACCUUCAAUACGUUUCUAGUAUUUACUUGUCUUUCCUGUGCGACCACUAAUCUAUAUGUUGCCUCACGGACGUUGUUUGGACUAGCUAGUCGGUUGGAAGGUGGUGAAGGCCGGCGGUGGUACUUACGUUUCCUUGCUUCGUUUGGGACAACAGAUAGUCGUGGUUUUCCCUUGCGAGCGAUGAUAUUCUCUGCAAUUGCGUUCUGGUGGGUUCCUUUUCUUCAGCUCAUCCGCGGGACUUCAAGUCCUCGGUCCUCAGUCAAUACGUUUGUUGAAGUGCUAAGUGAAAUGGCAUCCGUGAGUGUUUUGCACGUUUGGGCUUGUGAAUGCUUAGCAUUUAUUCGCUUCUAUCGAUGCAUCUAUCAACAUCGUAAUUACCUCGAGCGUGAAAACAUUGCUCUGGUCCAGCGCUGGAGCGUCAAGAAUUAUUCCGACUACCCUUACCGCGGUUAUGGGCAGCCAAUGCUUGCAUAUCUAGCCCUGCUUGGGUGUGUAUUUGUUUUAUUGGUGGCUAAUGGGGCUGCGUUGUGGAACGGAUUCCAUCUUUUGCCUUUCCUUGCCUCGUACCUGACUGUUAUUUUCUUCAUUGGGACAUGGAUUCUUUUGAAGAUUUUCCGGUCGGCGCCAUGGUCUUUCGUUGAUCUUUCGCAACCUAAGAAAGUUGCCGACAUAUUCAAGCAUUUGCAUGCUAUCCGUUUUGGGGUCACAGAUUCUAAUGAGGAUAUUUCGGAAAGGUAA